AUGUCUUUGUUACAAUAUGGGUUUAAACGUCAGAGAAUUAAUGAUAGUUCGUCUCAAGAAAAUGAGCAAAAUUCUAAAAAUUCUCAAGAAAAUUUGAAAAAUUCCAAUAUGAAAAAUAAGUUUGUUACAGAAGGUGCAACAAAUAUCUCAAAAAAAUCAGCAGUUAAAGAGCAUGUAAAAUGUAAAGAUCAUAUUGAAGCAGAAAAAUUAGAAACAACACGUAUUCAAAUGGAAUCUUUGCAAAAUCAAAUUUUUUCUUCUGAUGCAAAUGCUAGGCAUAUUAUUAUUAUAAUGCGGGCUGUAUAUUUUUUGUCAAAAAAAGAUUUACCUCUUCAGCUUUUACCUUCCAUCAUUGAAAUAAUGAAAGAAUCAGGAACACCACAUAUAUCUGAUGGUUCAAUUACAUAUACAAACGAGAUUUCAGGACAUGAAUUUUUAAUGGUAAUAGCUAAAACUAUUGAAGAUAAAAUCUGGAAUGUAUAUUUUUCAUAUGUAGCUAAAAAUGGAACAUUCAAAACACAUUUUUUAUGUCUUUUACCUUUAACUGAUUAUGAUGCAGAAAGUAUUACACAGGUUUUAAUUAAUAUUUUCAAAAAGAAGGGAAUUUUAUCUAAACUUGUAGCAUUUGCCUCAGAUGGUGCUUCAGUUAUGUUAGGAAAAGAUGAAGGUGUUGCAGCAAAGCUUUCAAGAGUAUGUACUUAUCCUUUAAUUGUUAAUGAUUGUGUGGCUCAUAAGUUGGCUUUAGCAUGUAAAGAUCCGAGAGACUCUGAAGAUUUACUAUGUUUUAGUGAUAAUGAAUUGGAAGAUUUAUUAAAAUAUUAUGAGUAUCCAAAUAUUCAUAAUAAUAUUCAAUCAACAGCACUCUUUGAUGUAAAUAAAUGCAGGCAAGAAUGGGUAGGAUUUAAAAUGGUUGUUAUUAAUAAUCUUUUUUCUAAAGAUAUAAAUAUAAUUCUUCCCUUAUUAAUUCAAGAUUAUAGUGAUAUUUUCCCAAAUAUUAUCAAAUUAAUUCAAUUGAUCUAUUGUAUUUCCUUUUCAAGUGUAGAGUAUGAGCGUGAUUUUAGUAGACAGAAUCAAAUUAAAACUAAAAAUAGGAAUUCAUUAGCUACAGAUACAUUAGAUAUGUUAAUGCGUGUCUCUUUAGAAGGACCGGAAAGUUCAAAAUUUGAUUAUGAUCGUGCAUAUAUUAUUUGGAAAAGUCAGAAGAGGCGUACCAGUAUUAACAAAUAA